AUGCUGAGGCACAGGGCCUUCGUCUUACUUACUCUUAUACAUAUCACCAUUCAAAUAUCAGCUGAACAAACGAUAUAUCCCGAUGGCUGGAUUCCGAUGUCACAAAAUGAUAUUUAUGAGCAAAUAAGAAGAGAAGUUGACUCAAAGACCGAUGUGUCAACUGAGAAAACCGUCGAUGUUAUAACAGCUGCAACAUCAAAUACUUACGAAGUGACGGAGCGUAUUGAUACAUCGCCUGCUGAAGAUAGUUACACAACAGAAAGCACCGGGUACCAAUAUAAUCCGCCCACUGACGAAAACCAAAAUCUAACAUCCACAUUCUACAGAAUCCUGUCCAAAUACAAUAUCAAAACAGGGGAUAAACUGCCAAACUACGAAUUAUCACUGCAGCGUAAAGUUCAAAAUCCCUCGCGAGAUCAAUCCCUUAUAGAUCCAUCAUGUCAAAGUGUGGGAGAGCCAUGCUUCGGCACGAAUGAGUCGGCUCGACCGGAGUGA